UAAAAAGUGUCUGUGUGAAGAGAACUGAGUUUGCAUAUAUGCAAAGAAGUUAACAAUGAAGAAUUCUUGGGAUCACAAGAAAACAAUGAUGGAAGAACCUCUUUUGGAGAGUACUCAAAAGGGUGGCUUGAGAGCUCUCCCCUUCAUCAUAGCAAAUGAAGCAUUCGAAAAGAUGGCUACUUAUGGGCUAAUGCCAAACAUGAUACUGUAUUUGAUGAAACAGUAUCAUAUGGAAAUGACCACUGCAUCCAACAUUAUGUUUUUCUGGUCAGGAGCUACAAAUUUCAUGCCUGUUCUUGGGGCUAUAAUCUCGGAUUCCUUUCUGGGUCGGUUUCGUACCAUCGGAUUCGGAUCUAUUGUUUGUCUGAUGGGGAUGAUUCUUUUAUGGUCAACAACAAUAUUUCCUCAAACAAGACCACCUCCGUGCGAUGAAUCCAGUGAAACUUGCAUCCCUCCAACAAUUUUCCAAUCCCUUUUUCUGUGUACUUCUCUUGGACUAAUGUCCAUUGGAGCUGGUGGAAUCAGGUCGUCUUCGCUAGCCUUUGGGGCCGACCAACUCGAAAGCCGAGAUGGUCGAAAAAAUAUGGCUGUAAUGGAGAGCUAUUUCAGCUGGUACUAUGCUUCAUAUACAUUAUCUGUCCUAAUAGCAGUAACUUGUGUUGUCUAUAUUCAAGAUAACAUGGGAUGGAAAGUUGGUUUUGCUGUGCCUGCAGUGCUUAUGUUUUUUUCAGCAGUUUCAUUCUUUUUGGCUUCCUCGUUCUAUGUGAAAUUGAAGUGUAAGUCGAGCUUAGUUGUCGGGUUUAUCCAAGUCAUUACAGCCUCGUACAGAAGGCGACAUCUAAAAUUAUCUGCAAAUUGCACUGAUGUUGUGUAUCAUUGCAAGGAAGGUUCAGCUCUGGUUUUUCCAAGUGAUUCACUCAGGUUUCUGAAUAAGGCUUGCAUUGUUAAAAAUCCAGAAAAAGAUUUAACCCCAGAUGGGAAUUCUGCAGAUUCAUGGAAUCUCUGUACAGUAGAUCAAAUAGAAGAACUCAAAUCACUAAUCAGAGUAGUCCCUAUAUGGUCUACAGGAAUGAUAAUGUCUAUAAACAUUUGCCAGAAUUCUUUCCCAGUGCUCCAAGCCACUUCCAUGAAUCGAAACAUCGGUUCAGGUUUCAAGAUUCCAGCAGGCUCGUUUGUUAUGUUCACUGUGAUAUCCAUUAUACUAUGGAUUGCUCUCUAUGAUCGUGUAUUUCUUCCCAUGGCAUCGAGAAUAAUGAGAAAACGAAUUUAUAUAAGUACUCUGAAUAGAAUGGGAGCCGGGAUUUUUCUCUCCUUUAUGGCUAUGGUGGUGACAGCAGUCGUAGAGAAUAUCAGACGGAGUUUUGCAGUUAGAGAAGGAUGCGAAGAUAAGCCACAGGCUGUUGUUCAUUUAUCAGCAAUGUGGUUAGUGCCACAAUACUGCUUGAGUGGAUUUGCAGAAGCUUUGAAUGCAAUUGCACAGAAUGAGUUCUACUUUUCGGAGUUUCCAAGAAGUAUGUCGAGUAUAGCUUCGACUCUGAAUGGACUCGGGAUGUCUGCGGCAAACUUGUUAGCAAGUUUUAUACUAAGUUCUAUCGAUGAUCUCACCAAAAGAGGGGGAAAUGAAAGUUGGAUUUCAAGCAACAUUAACAAGGGACAUUAUGAUUAUUACUACUUGGUUCUUGCUGGAUUGAGUAUGGCUAACUUGAUAUAUUUUCUUUUGUGCCGUAGGGCUUAUGGUCCUAGAAAAGAAGAAAGGGAACAACCAGGCAACAUGACAGUCUCAUAAACGUUUUCCUAAUACCUCAAGGUCGUCUUGGGACAGGGCUAGACAGUACGAUGAAUAAGAUUUUAACUUCUUUUAUAUUAUCCUUUUACACUGUCCAAUACUAUAUAGUCCACCCCUACAGAAUAAGCUGUAAAAGUAUGACUUGAUACGUGUAUGGUGUUAUUAGUAUAUUUACGGUAGUAGAGUGCCUGGCGAGGGGAAUAUGUAACUAUAAUCAAGAUCCUGUUAGUACAUUAUGGUAAAUGUGAAUUUCCUCGUGUGAUCUUUAA